AUGUUCCAGGAUCUGAUGCAGCGUUCAUCAGAUUCAGAUGCCGUGAAGUUGUACCACCUCGAGAACUCCUUUAAAGGAGAUGCCGCUGGUGUGAUCGAUCUGGAGACGUUGCAGGACAACGAUUACCAGCGCGCAUGGGACAUCCUAGAGGAGAGAUUUGGCAACAAGCGGCUUAUCUUGGAAUCUCACAUCCUGGGCCUGUUAAACCUAAAACAGAUGACAAGGAGCUCGUCGAAGGAACUCCGGAGUCUCAUCGAAGAGUGCACUCGCCAUGUGGAGAACCUCAUCAAGCUCGGUCAACCACUUUCAGGGAUGUCAGAGCUGAUCGUGGUGACCGUGUUGAGUCAUGCGUUGGAUGGUCAGACCCGUGAGCUGUGGGAAGCUUCAAUGGACCAGAAGGAGCUUCCAGACUACGAACAGACCAUCGAAUUUCUAAAACAACGAUGCGUCAUUCUGGAGAGAUGCGAGAAUAGUGCAUCCAUCGUAUCCCCGAGUCCCAAGGUCUCCAACCGGAAGCCGCCUACAUCCAAGCUCGUGCCUUCCAAGACUUCGCAUGCAGCGUUAGUAGUGCCGACGUAUGUGUGCGACUUCUGUGCCGGACAGCAUCAAAAUUUCAAGUGUUACGUGUUCCAGAAGCUGUCCGUCAGCGCCAUACGACAGUGA